AGAGGGUUUGCUUUUUUGGUGGACCCUCCUCCCCUCCAGCACCCCCCACCCCAGCACCCCCGCGUGCCCAGUGUGAGGCUGAGCUCGGCCCCUUCAGCUGGAGGUUCGGGUUUAUGUGGGAGCGCGGAGGACAGCCAUUCGGGUGAAGGAAAGCUCCGCCGGUAGGACGCGUAAAAGCAGGAGGGGGAGGCAGCAGCAGCAGCGAGACCGGAGCAGGAACCGGACAUUUGACCUCCGUGGGUGCGCGCUCGGGCUUUGAGAGGACGAGAAGAGAGCAUGAGGGUGUUCUCUGCUGUUGGGGCGCUCUUGCUGUGCCAGCUUUUGGCAUCCUCCACAGCCCAGAGGCCAGGCCCCAGAGGACCCAAGGGGCUGCAAGGACCCUCAGGGUCACCAGGAAGAGAUGGCACAGAUGGGAAACCAGGACCUCCAGGAUUCCCAGGGAAACCUGGUCCCAAAGGAAAAGCAGGAAUACCAGGUGUACCAGGAAAACCAGGACUGCCAGGACUUCCAGGGAUCGAUGGUUUAACCGGACCCGAUGGUCCUCCUGGAAGAGAUGGACCCCCAGGGGAGCAGGGUGAAUCGGGGCCUCCUGGUCCACCUGGACCUCCUGGCAGAGGGAGACCAGGAGCUCCAGGACUGCCAGGGACCAAUGGGUUCCCGGGGGCAGUUGGGCCCCAGGGUUCAGCGGGUCCCGAGGGUCUUCCAGGACUUCCUGGACCUCCUGGUCCUGAUGGGCCUCCAGGGCUUCCGGGAAGUCUUCAGGAUCUCAAUGGUGAUCUUUUGUGUCCUGCAAUUUGCCCCCCUGGACCCCCUGGUCCUCCUGGGAUGCCAGGCUUUAAAGGACACACUGGGCACAAAGGAGACAAGGGAGAGCAGGGGAAAGAUGGAGAAAAGGGAGACCAAGGUCCACCGGGACCACCAGGUAUUCCCGGCACUGUGGGUCUACAGGGCCCACGUGGUCUGAGGGGUUUACAAGGACCAAUUGGACCAGGAGGAGACAGAGGUUUCCCAGGUUUCAGGGGCAAGCCUGGCAUAGCCGGUGUCAUCGGGAAGACAGGUGAUCCUGGGGAAAGAGGGCCACAGGGAUUUAAAGGACCCAAAGGAGAAGUGGGGAAAAUUGGCCCCAAAGGCGGUCCUGGUGGACCAGGACCCAAAGGGGACCCUGGAAUGCCAGGAAGAGAUGGGAAGGAUGGAACUCAAGGGAUGGAUGGCGAGAAGGGGGAUGCUGGACGCCAUGGAACCGUUGGAGAAAAAGGGCCAAAUGGACUUCCUGGUCUGGCAGGAAAAGUUGGGGCAAAGGGCUCAAAAGGAGAAGUUGGGGAUCCAGGGAAACCUGGAGAAACAGGACCCUCUGGAGAGCCAGGUCUUCCUGGGGACAUUGGCAUCCCAGGAGAGAGGGGGAUUGCAGGUCCCAGAGGAGUGGCAGGAGGAAUUGGACCAGCUGGAAACCCUGGACCUUUGGGAGUGAAAGGCUUUCAGGGAAUCAAAGGAGCUUUGGGUGAUCCAGGACUUCCAGGACCAACAGGGAUUCGUGGAGAGUUUGGUGACAGGGGCCCGGUGGGGGCUUCUGGAGCGAAGGGAGACAUGGGCGUGGCAGGAAGUGAUGGGUUACCAGGAGAGAACGGGGAGCCUGGAACUUUCGGGCCAGUUGGACAAAAAGGAGAGUCAGGGAAACGAGGUGAACUGGGGCCGAAGGGUGUGACGGGGCCACAAGGAGAACUCGGCGCACGAGGGCCUCCGGGAAAGCAAGGGCCAAUUGGUUUCCAAGGUGAACAGGGGGUGCCUGGACUUCCAGGAAAGAGAGGUGUACCUGGGAAACUGGCGAGUGAGCAGCACAUCAGAGAGCUGUGCGGUUCCAUGAUUGACGAUCAGAUAGCACAGUUGGCUGCCAACCUGCGGCGACCCCUGGCACCUGGGAUGGUGGGACGCCCCGGCCCUGCCGGCUCGCCUGGAGAGCCUGGUUCUGGCGGCUCUAUUGGGCAUCCAGGUCCUCGUGGACCACCGGGGUACAGAGGCCUGCCAGGAGAACUUGGAGAUCCAGGCCCCAGAGGUGAUGUGGGAGAUCAAGGUGACAAGGGUUCAGUCGGUAAAGCCGUUGAUGGACCAUCUGGAGACCAAGGACACCAAGGUCAACCAGGAGUACCUGGAAUUGUCAAAGACGGGCGUGAUGGAUCUCCAGGAGAUCCAGGUGAGCCCGGAGAGCCGGGCAGAGUAGGAAGGACAGGACACCAGGGACCUCCUGGGAUCUGUGAUACAUCAGCCUGCCAGGGAGCAUCAGUGGCUGGAAAAUCUUCCAACCCCAAAAACUAAACAAAAAAACUUCCUACAGCAUAAAAUCCUCCACUACGACGAGGGAGGAUAAAAAACGAGGAAGAGACUGGUUCUUAAAAACGUUUCUUUAUUUGAAAUACAAGCGUCACAAGAUGGCGAGAGUAACAUCAGAUAUUUGGAGAAGAACGGAGGGUCACCAAGGCGAGGGUGAUAAGAAACAGAACAAAGACCCCGCGUGACACCCAGGAAGAAAGCAGGCAGAGACAUGGAAGAGUGCAGGAGAACAACAAUCCAAACAUCACCACGCAGACGUGCAAACUGGAACAAUCGCUUUGUGUAUAAAAACUUUGUACAUGUCGUCCAGCGCCACAUCGACAUCAAUAACCACGCUCCAAACACCCGUGACUGUCUGAUGUCGAUGUGCUCUUAUCAUGGCCCAUUGUGUAAAUCCCAGCUGUUACCUCAACUAACAAGCUUAUUGUGUAAAAUAUGGACGUUUUUUUUAGUAACUUGUUUUCUGCCAAAAUGUUUUGAAUCACAUGUGAAGAUUAAGAAUCAAAACCAGGAUUAAAAAUUGUCAAUGCAUAAAUUAGAAAUGUGAAAUAAACAUCAUUUAAGAGGCUUAGGGGCUUUUUUUUUAGUUUUUACAAGUUCAUUUUUCUCCUAUCUGCAAUGACCACGUCCACUAUAUCCCACCGGUGCUGUAACUAUUAAAUAUACAUUUACUUUAAUUCUAUUUAUUGUUUGUGGGUGACUUGUAUGUACAGUAAGAUGCUACGGCGACGUUGUUGUAAGAAAGACCAAAUAAAGCCACUUUUCAUUCAAAUAUUACUCUUUUCUACACGUCAAAAGAAAACAGCACACUUCAGAUACAUUAGACAAGCUUUAAAAGAACUUAUUUUAAGUCAAACUUUUUAGUAUUUUAGUACAUUUUUAAAAGAAACAAACUUUUUGUUUUAAAAAACUUAAGUAAACAUUUUUGCUCCAUUAAACCAGUUCAUCCUUUUUCAACUGGAUAAAAACAAGAUUUUAACAUGGAGUUUAGAAAGUGAACAGGUUCAGACAUUUCAAGAGUAAACCCCCUCCCCGAUAACACCAGCAAAGACAAAUCAAUAAAAUGUAACAUUUUUAUGGAUUAAAAAAAAAAAAAAGUUUAUUGUUCAGCAGCGAGGGAGGUGUCAAGAGCCUCAUUCACCUCCUGCUGGAUUGGGUGCUGGUCUGGAGAGGAGCUGGACUUCAGAGAGAUUUCAUUUUUAUGGGCAAAGAGCUUCACAAACUCCUGAGGACAAAA